CCCAAGAACUACGGUAUGCUCCUCUUCCGCGGCUUCGAAAUCCUCGACGUCUUCGGGCCCCUCGAAGCCCUCUCCUGGGUCGCCCGGCGCCACGACAACAUCUCCCUCUCGUUGAUCUCCCAAUCCCUCGACCCCGUCACAACAGCGCCCUACACACCCGCCAUGAACCCCUUCAACGCCUCCUUCUUCCCCACCAUAAACCCAACUCACACCCUCGAGACAGCCCCAGACCUCGACGUCCUCAUCGUCCCAGGCGGCCUAGGCACGCGCGCCCCGGACUCAGUCCUCGGCCCUCUCCUCGACUACAUCAAAAUCACCUACCCAAAGCUACAGUACCUGAUAACAAUCUGCACGGGCUCGACGCUGGUCGCGCGCACCGGCGUCCUCGACGGGAAACGCGCAACUACGAAUAAAGCAUCCUGGGACUCUGUUAUCGGUAACGGGCCGAAUACGACGUGGGUGCGGGAGGCGCGCUGGGUCGUUGAUGGGAAUGUCUGGUCGUCGUCGGGGAUUUCGGCGGGGAUUGAUGCGACCCUUGCCUUUAUUGCGGAGUUUUAUGGGCAGCAGAAUGCGUCGGUGAUUAGUGAUUAUAUGGAGUAUGAGUGGCAUCAGGAUAGUUCUUGGGAUCCGUAUGCGGAUAUUUGG